UGAUUACUGAAUAAAUAACAACAAUAAAAAUUAUAAAACAAUAUUUUACCAUAAAAAUUUGUUUAAUUAAUUAUUGUUUUGAUCAGAAGUUAAUACUUAAUACCGCCCCGCCGCGGGAAUAAUUUGUGUAAGCCGACAUUCAAAAUCAAAAUGUUUAAACCUCACUUGUUGGAAGUAGAAAGCUGGAAAGGCGAUUGGGGUUUGCCGUCUAUUGAUUAUAAAUGCCUCGAAGUUUUGGCUUUUGCUAGGUUUACAAACGCGCCAAUUAUUGUGUACAAUUCAAACAAUCCGUUCAAGUCUAUUACUGGCCAUUUGCCUGUUGUGAGUUAUAAUAAACGAUUAUUAAUGAAUCGGAACAGUUUAAUUGAUUGUCUUGACAAACAGAAUCUCACACCAGAUUUUGGAUUGACUAGUCUUCAAUUGGCUGAGGAACAUGCAGCUAUUAGUAUGAUUGAUGCUCAACUUGAACCAGCAUUAUUGUUUGCUUGGUGGAUGGACGAGAGUAACUGCCUUAAUUUUACUAAACCAUGGUAUAGAAAUGCUUUAAAAUUUCCAUUUAAUUGGUAUUACCCAAAUGCAUAUGAGAGGGAAGCCAAGCACAAAAUCUAUACAUUGUACAAUCACCUUGAUUCUGACAAUGACAUAAUGACAGAGAUUUACACAGAAGCCAUUAAGUGUAUGAAUGGUCUGGAAAGUCGUUUGGGCAACAAUUUCUAUUUUUUCGGGUCACAUCCUACAUUAUUAGAUGCCGUUGCUUACAGUUAUUUGGGGCCAUUAUUAAAAGCACCCCUUACUGACAACAAAUUGCAAACACAUUUAAAGACUUGUAAAAAUUUAUGCAUUUGGAUAGACAGGAUAACGAGAGAAUACUUCAAAAUAGACUGGCAAGCGCACAAAUGCAAUGAAAAAAAGAAACUAGAAGAGUCUAAGCAACAAAUGAAUGUUAUACCUUGGUAUAAGAAAGAUGAGGCAAAAAACGUUUUAAUUGGAAUAAUUACACUCGUCACAAUGGUUGUAUAUUCAUUUAAAAUUGGUCUCAUUAGUGUAAGCGAUACAAGUGAUGAGGAAGAUGAAGAUUGAUUAUUCAUAAACUUUUUUAAUUAGUCAUUUUUUUAAUAUUAUUUUUAUGUUCCUUUUUAUUAGACAUUAAAUAAAUGGAUCAAAUUACUUAGUUUUUCACACAAUA